CCAAAAUUGAAACAGAGUCGGCUAGAACAGUUAGCGCUCCCCUGGGAGAAGGAUCUGACUUGAGAUGGCUCAGCACCACCUGUGGAUCUGCUUCCUUUGCCUGCAAACCUGGUCUGAAGCGGCAGAAAGAGGAACAGAUUCGUCGGUGGUGAAUGGGAUUCUUGGGGAGUCAGUUAUUUUCCCCAUAGUUAUUAAAGAACCACAGAAAAUUAAUAUCAUUGCCUGGACGUGUGAAUCAUCUGUUGCUUUUGUAAAACCAGGAGUCAAAGGAGCACCACCUGACGUUACUGUGACCCAUCUCAGUUAUAAAGGACGAAUAAAAGUCAUAGAUCAGAACUAUAGUCUGGUCAUUGGGGACCUGAGAAUGGAAGAUGCAGGAAUUUACAAAGCAGACAUAAAUGAAGAGAACUCUGACCACACCAUCACCAAGCGUUACCACCUUCAAAUCUACCGUCGGCUUGAAAAACCAACAAUUACACAGAGUUCAAUAACAUCUGUAAACAAUACUUGUAAUGUCACCCUGACAUGCUCUGUGGGAAAAGAAGAGAAAAACGUGACAUACAGUUGGAGUCCCUCUGGAGAGAAAAGCAAUGUCCUUCAAAUCUUCCAGUCCCCUGAGGACAAAAAACUCAUUUACACGUGCAUGGCCAAGAACCCUGUCAGCAACAAUUCUGACUCCAUCACUGUCCAGAAACUCUGUGCAGACACUCCAAGCUUCCAAUCUCGCCAUGCUGGGUUCUCAAGUGGACUGGUUGCACUCUCUCUGCUUAUUCUCAUUCCGAUUCUGGUGCUUCUGUUCUAUUUGUACAAGAGAAAUCGAGGUACUUUGGGAGAGGAAACAGUAUACUCCCCAGUUUCAAAAAAUGCUUCUCACAGAGAGUCCAGAAUCUAUGAUGAAAUUCCUGAGUCCAAGGUGCUGUCCUGUAGGGAAGAGCCAAUAAACACCAUUUACUCCUCAGUGCAGGCUUCUGAGAAGAUGAGGAAAAGCAACAUGAAGGAUGACAGAACUCCCAAGACUUUGGAUAAUGAAAUUGUCUAGUUAAGCAGGCAGUAUUAUCCCUGUGGAGACUAAGUUACAACCAGUGGGAGGACAGGUGUCUUAGACACCCAGACCUUCCCUGGCUGCCCCCUUACCUGGACAUUGCAAAUCACCCCACUUCAGCAUACAAGCGGAGCAAGAAACUUCCACUAGUUUUUAAACUCUAUUUUAUUUGGCAUAUUUAAGCCUCUACCUCCCUUCCAUCAACUCUUUAGCCCUAGGUAAGAGGGAGAAGGUGAGUGGGGAGAGGGAUCAAAGACCUCUUUAAUCUCCCCACUGCUGUUUAAGGCCAACGGGUUCUUUUAGGGCUUUGCCAAUCUCUGUCAACAGCAAAUGCAGCAAGCAGACUCCUCCAGGCUGCUUCACUGAAACAUUUCUCUCCAUCGGUCUCCUCCAAGCCACCCUAACACUUCUCUCUACCUGACUCUUCCAAGCCACCACACCAUCCAUGUCUGGUCUCUCCAACUUGCCACACCUUCUCUUUUUGGGCUCUCGUAUUUAUAUAUGCCUCAGCAUUCUAGACCACACCCUUCUCCAUGCUGCACUAGGCAGGCAGUUACCAGCUGGUGAAGGCCACACCCCACAGGAGGCAGCUAUCAGCUGUGGACAGCCCAAACUAAAAUCCCACAUGUGAGAUUAAAACAAAAACACGUUUAUAUAACAUAACUGAGUUUUUAAAGAAACCAAAACUUCCAUUAUAAAGUGUAGGCUGCAUGGCAACCCCCACUCUUUCCUCAGCUCAGGAAGCAUCAUGCAACUGCCACUGUUAGCCAAAUAUACUACACACCCAUGCUAUUUGGAAAGCUGUGGGCUGUGGCCCUUCGGCCAGGUAGAUACAUCCUCUUAGUGUAGAAUUAGAAUAUGUCCCUUCUGUAGAGACUAGAGCGUUGGAGAUCUUCAGUCAGAAGCCUCACGGGAUUUCCUUUCUGGUCAAGGUUUCCUUCCCCAUGUUAUUACUUCACUCAGCCUCAGAGGAAAGAUGCCUUGCCCAAGAGCUUCAUUCUCCAAAAAGAACUGGCUGGCUACAUUUCUGACACUUUGAGGGAAGUGGGUGUAACCAGGCCAUCAUCACAAGAGAUCUUGAAGAAAGCAGUCAUUUCCAUUCCUAAGAGAGAACUUGAAAGAAAACAGUGCAAAUGGUGAAACCGGGUUCAUUCCAGUUCCUACGUUUUAGCUCAGAGAAGAACAGGGUUCAAACGGAGGUUGAGUUCCUUCACUCCAGCAGCUCCUCAAACUCAAAAACCUGGUGGCUAGCCGUGAGGAAGAAUCCUCUAGCUGGAAAGGACAGCCUGUGAUCAUUCAAGGACAUGUUUGUCUUUUGCGUUAACAGUCCUUACCAGCUAAAUCCUAAAUGUGCAUGGACAAUCUCAAGCUGUACAGCAGGAAUGAGCAAUAUUUAGGUAUAAUGGAGUUGGUGUCUCACCAAGGCAUUUGAAGAUGUGAGAGAUAUUGCUAAAUUGUUCUCUGAAAAAGUUGAACUGACUUAUUUUUACUCACAUAUCCUUGCUCUAUCUGACAGGUAAAUUUUUGUUAAAUACUUGUAAGUGAAAUGCAGCUCGUGCUUAAACAUUAUUGAUGACUGCAUUCAUUCCAUUUUGAAAAUCUAUUGAUACCGGUCAGGUCCCACAGAAACCCUGGACAAAUGACUAACUGGAGUGCCUUUUAGCAUAUCAAAGAGCAUUCUGAGCAGGCUCACUCUUCUCAGCCCCACCCCCUAUCCUAACCCUUCCAGAUAAAGAAUUUCCCAUCCCUUCUCCCAGCUUCUGAUUCCUGUAUGACCCAGCCAUCUCAGCCAUGCUCUCUCUCAGCUCUUCCCUCUCUCUUAGUCUUCUUAGCCCUCUCUCCUCUCUCUUGUUCUUUCUCUUUCUCUCUCUCUCUCUCUCUCUCUCUCUCUCUCUCUGCUCUCAUAGCCUGGUUUAUUCUCCUGACCAUGUUCAAUCUACUUUCUCUCUCUGCUCUGGACUCUUCCAGAUGCCUCUAGAUGAAUACUCCCUCCCAUCAACACUACAAACCUUCUCCUUGUUUGGUUUCAGGAAGCCCUAGGUCCCUGUCUGCUGCAGGGCAUGGCUGGCAUACCUGCCCUAUAACCUGAAUUCCCUGGCCUAUAAACUGUAUUCCCUAGCCCUGGGGGCGGGGGGCACUUCCCCUCUUCCAGAGGCUUUUCAUUAUAUAAUCCAGACAUUUUGGUUCCUCUCUCUCUGUCUCUCUUUCUCUCCUGCUCUCUUCUCUCUUUUUCUAUCUGUCCUCUCUUCCUUCUCCUCCUUCUCUCUCCUCUCUGUGUGAGCGCUUUUCUCUCUCCUUCCCUCUACAUGGUGGCUGCUCCAAUAAACCUGCACUUAUAUACUGCCACUUCAUUUUUGAAAUUAGCUCGUUCUGCUGUUUCAAUCAUCUGGUACCUGUGACUCGGAGGAAGUUGACCCUACCUAAGCUGGACACAUGGGGCCACUCCCUUCACCUCAUCUUUCUCUGCCUGAUUUGCCUGGAAACCUGGGAGGAGUUGAGGCCCAGCCCGGUAACCCAGGUCUUCCCUGGCCCUAUGGGGACCACUCCUCUCCUCUUAUUUCCCUCUCCACUUGAUGCAACUUUGGACUCAGUGAGUGACCGAUCCUCCAGCUACUGCCAGGAGAGACCAGGUGCCUCUUCUGGGAUCCAGGACUCCUCGGACUUGCUCUGCCAAGAUGUGGUCAUGCCAGGACUAGACUGUCUGGAACCAGGCCUUUGUUCUGGGGUAACCUUGCGUUUUGGAGAUGUCUGAUUGUAGGUUAACCCCACCAAACUGCCAAUCGCAGAGGAUUGAAUUGGGACGCUACGUCCAUACUAUUGGGAUUCUGGCAAACGCUGCUAAGAUAGGUGCCCCUGCGUGUCUUCGGGAAUUUUUCCAAACUACAUCUGCCCAGGUUUGGGGGAACUAUUCUCUUGUCCCUCCCCCUCUUCCACCUCUUGUGGCUGCUUUCUACACACAAGGCUCCUACCCCUUCCCCCUGUAUCCCACUACCCUCCCACCCAUUCAUGGUCUCUGCGGGCGGCAGUGGCAGCAGCACCGGCACUGGUGGUGGUUUUAAAUCGACCAUGGCCAGCCAUUAACAAUGUUGACUUUGAGAUGAAGAAGAUAGAGCUACGGCCCCACCGCCACCUUGACUAAGGGCAGGCACAUGACUGGCAGCCAUCUUGGUUGUGGGAGAGUUGUUUCACCGCCAUCUUUAUUGAGGGCUGCCAGGUGCUUUCAGUACCAUACAGACAAAUAAAACUUCUGUGUUUUAA